AUGUCUGACACCUCCAUCAGUCUGCAGGUUUCAGCUGAAGGGGAGGAGAAACUCAGGGCAGGAGUUAUCCCCUUCAUCCUGUCCGUCCCUCGUAAAUACUAUCUGAUCCAGCAGGAGAGAAAUUGGAUUGAUGCUCGGGUUUACUGCCAAGCCACACACACUGACCUGGCUAUUAUCGAAAGUAAUGACAACAUGUUCCAACUCCAGAAUGAAGCACAGAGACAACAAUUCAGCUCCAGUGCUUGGAUUGGACUGUACAAUGACAUCAACAGCUGGCGCUGGUCUCUUGGCAAUGAGCCUCUUGGUAGUUUGACCAGAUGGAGUGCAGACGAGCCUAAUAACAAUGACGGGCAUGAAGAGUGUGGUGUGCUCAGUAUGGGCGGUUGGUGGGAUGUGGCAUGUACAUACCCAUACCCCUUUGUGUGCUUUGAUGAGGGUAAAACUGGCAAUCAGAGGUACAUUUACAUCUCUACUACCAUGACGUGGUAUGAAGCCCAGGUUUACUGUAGACAGUAUCACACAGACCUGGCCAGCGCGAGAGACAUGACUGAGAACUCGGUUAUAGAGGGACUGACCUCGGGCUGGACUUGGUUUGGUCUGUUCAGAGACUCCUGGAAGUGGAUAGACCAAAGCAACUUCUCAACCAUUAGCUGGAUGUCUGGAAAACCUGAUAAUGUCCUGCAGAAUGAAAACUGUGGUUAUUUCAAUAACAGUCAGGCUGUUGAUGCGCAGUGUUCAGACCUAAAGCCCUUCUUUUGUUAUUCAGAGAUCACAGGAAUAAAGCAAAUCCUUAGAUUAAAGGUCCGGUCUAACCAGGGUGUGAGUGGCGCUGAAAUAAAAACGUCCAUCAUGGAGCAGAUCAAGCAGAAAGUGAAGGAUCAUGGGAUGGCAGAGAACAUCACAGUGGAAUGGUUACAGCAGCCAGAUGGAACCGAGAUUCAAAAGAAGGAAGAGCUCUAA